GGAGCACCAUUGGGGAGCACGUCUGUAACCCGACACGGUUGCAAUGAAUCAACAUGUGACCAAUCACGGCUUUGAUACGGCCACUCGUGCAGGAGAAGAGAUGUCGGCGAAAAGACAGUUUCAGUCCGGAGCAAGCAAGAGGGGGGAAAAACAAAACAUGAAGAAACUAGAGCAUCACUCGAAGAUGGAAUCGGUCGAGGUCGAGAGGUAUCCCUAAAUAUUCCGACGACAUUGAAUGCAUCACCGCUUCCCUCCAGCAGCAACACGGAAGUGGAUGAAGUUUCUGCCAUGGCAACAGCGAGAAUCUGCGUCCUGCUGCUCGUCCUUUCUGCGACUUUAGCGGAAGAUUUAAAACUAAAACACAAAACCUCCAGAGAACCUGUGAGACUUUUCACCGAGGAGGAGCUGAGCAGAUACGACGGCGGAGAGGAGGGUCAGCCGAUCUACAUGGCGAUAAAAGGAGUUGUGUUUGAUGUCACCAAGGGGAAAGAGUUUUAUGGAAGAGACGCUCCCUACAACGCUCUGGUGGGUAAGGACUGCACUCGGGCGGUGGCUAAGAUGUCUCUGGACCCUGCAGACCUGACAUCAGAUACUACGGGCCUCAGCGAGGACCAGCUGGAGUCUCUGGAGAGUGUGUUUGAGGGAACGUAUAAAACCAAGUAUCCCAUCGUGGGUUACACCGCGUCUCGAAUCCUCACGGAGGACGGGAGUCCCAACAAAGACUUCAGACCUGAGGACCAGCCUCUCUUCCAAAGCAAAGAUGAGUUCUAACCUCAUGUUGUUGUUUUAUGGAAGCUAUAAUCGUGAAGAAGGUUUUUUUUUAAAUCCCUCGAAUGCUGAGUGCAUUACGUGAACAAGAGAAGAACAAAUACAUAUAGAAACGUGUUUUAUUGAUAUUUACUUGAACUAAAUGUUUACAUUAUGCUUUAUUAUGUCUGAGAGCUUUAAUUGCACAGUGCCUUUCAAACCAUUUCAACACUUUAACCCUUUUUCUGUUAAGAUUAGGAAAUACUGAGUAGACAUAUUUAAUAAAACUCAUAUUUGAUUUAAGUAUGUUUUAUCAUUUUGUAUUCAUCAUUGAUAGCGAAGAGUUUAAUCUUUAGGCUAUACAAAUUCAGAAAAUGUUCAAAAGUCUUUCAGAACUCAUGGUUAUUGUGUCUUUCAAAUGUAUGACUUUGUCCAAAAAACCAAAUAAUGUUUCUGUCGAUUGAGUCUUCCAAUUUUUGAAUUGUCGUUAGAUUUUCCUACCCAGUGGUGUCAUUAAAAUGCACUGCCCUCUAAUAUAUAUAUAUAUAUAUAUAUAUAUAUAUAUAUAUAUAUAUAAUUAAGGAGGCAAUAGGCAACUUUUUAAGUCGUUCUAAUGCUGCUCAGAGUCAUUGAAGUAAACUGAUGUUCCCUCCCCUCCUCUUGGCACAUGUGAGUACAACAUGAGCCACUUUUAGCGACGACUUUAAUUGAAAAAGAGUUGAUACCACUGCCCUGCAUUUAGUUUUCUGCUUUUAGGGGUUUCCCCUCUCCUGUAGUGUGCUCUAUUGGUUUGUGUGCAUGUAAAUGGUCUGCAGAGGCUAAAAUCCCAAAGUUCCAUGACAUCACUAUGUAACGAUAAACGAUUUGACCCUGAACAUGAGCAUUAUAUGUCCUCUUUAAAGAUAAAAACUUGUAUAUUUCCACAUCUCUGUGAAUCCUGAUUUUGUUGUUCCUGUCAUUAAAGUGUGUACAUCUGAA